UAGCUGUGUCCCUGCCCUCUGCUUCCAGCUGUUCCUGCGCUCCACAGCUGCACAGCGUCACAUUCACUAUGGCUUCAGCUGCAAGCAGGACGCUUUUGGCGUUAUUCUUUACCUUUUUAGCUCCACAACGCGGAUGGACAGAAGAGAAACCUCUGGAUCCUCAAGCCGGGAAACAGACAGCUGCGGACAAAAUCUAUGGGGAGAGCUGGGAGCCUUCAAUCCAUCUGGAUGGAAAACCAGUGGACCGCUUCCUCUUCAACACCAACAAACCCACAAGGUCUCACCGCUUUACUAAAGUGAGCAAAGACAGCCACCCUCAUCCAAUGGAGGAUGUAGACCCAGAGUGGAUUAACCUGGAUGGAUUUGCUGUGUUGAGUCAGGCACCUGUUAAAAACUCAUCAACAGGUUUUGUCAGGUCCCCACAAACCUCAGCUAGAAACAACUCUGCUGCAGGGCAAAAAACCAGAGUGGACAGAACAACACAAUCUUCAGGUUUGCCAUAUACCAGGACACAGAGGAGGGCGCCUCAGUCCUCCUCAGGUCCAAGGCAACCAAACAGGGCUUUGCCAGGAGCCCCACUGUUAAAGAGAAGACGCCAACACCGCACCAAACCUCAGGCUGACCAGAGAAACCGUCAAACAGCAAAACUCACAUCUGAGUCCGUUCAUGUGGUGUCACUGCAGGCACAGAAAGCCCAUGGCCGGAGCUUACCCAACAACAGAGAAGCUACAGCCAAAACUUCUCCACCAGAGCCCCCUGAAUAUGAAGCCCGGGACAUCAGUGUUAGGGUCAUGUCUCCAAAGUCUGUCCUGAUCUCCUGGGUUGAUCCAGCCGUUGAGAUGGGGAAAGUUGUCCCUGGGGCAUCCAGAUCAUACACAGUCAGGUUCAGGGAGAAGGGAGAGUCAGCACGCUGGGAGUACAAGGAAAGCACCCAAAGGAGAAUAAUGAUAGACACUCUGUCUGCUGACGGAAUGUAUGAGUUCUCUGUCAGGAUCUCUGAAGGAGAAAAACACAGCAAAUGGAGCGUUUCAGUCUUUCAGAGGACUCCUGAGUCGGCACCAUCUGGGCCACCCGACAAUUUUGAAGUCAAGCCACUAAGAGGAAAAGGAACUGCUGUGAUUGCAACUUGGGAUCCUCCAGAAGAACCAAAUGGAAGAAUAAGAGAGUAUAUUCUGUCUUAUGCCCCUGCCAAGGAUCCGUUUGGGAUGAAAACUGUAACAUAUCGAGAGAGCACCUCCACAGCCACUAUUGAUGGCCUGACACCAGGAGAGAAUUACAUUUUCAAGAUUAGAGCUACCAACAGAAGAGGAAUGGGGCCACAGAGCAAGGCUUUUAGUGUUGCCAUGCCACGGUCUACUAACACAGCCUCUUCGCUUUUAAAAACGGAGGAAAGUAAGAAACCCAGUCAUUCUACGAUUAAACAUGACAUCAAUGAGAAAUCCAGCCUUGAGUCCCCAGAGGAGCUAGAGGAUCGAAUUACAACUUCUAAGCCACACAAUACCAAGAGACGUCUACCUCAACUUUCCCAGACACGCUCCUAUCACAGUAUCUUCUCCUCACUCAGGGGCUCGUUCAGGAAUGUGGUUAACAGAGGUUCAACAAAAGGAGCAGAGAGAGAACAAAAAGAAAAGGAUGAUGGCAAAAUAACUACAACCCAAGUUCCUGUAGUUCAAACAACUCCAGUUGUGCCGGAGACAAAAGAAUUAGACAACAAUGCUUCUCCAUUAUCUGAGAAUGAGGUUGAUUAUGAUGAAGAGUAUCUGACUACUGUAACUCCCAGCCUAAGGACUUUGACACCCUCCACAACCAAACCUGCAUAUAAGCGUCCUUAUCGACCAAACAGAAGGCCAAUUAAGAUCAGGGUCCAUCAAAAAACUGGCUCAAAGACCAGUUCUUUGUCUUCCACUGGUUUAACCUCAUCAUCUUCAACUUUAUCAUCAUCAUCCUCUCCUGAUUCUUUAAUCUUAUCCUCUGCUAAGAACUCUAUCAUUUCUUCCUCCAGUUCAUCAUUAUCAUUACCUGCUGAAUCUUUAUUAAUACCUACUUCACAUAUUCCAAAGUCUGCACCAACUGGAAAUGACAAUGUGGACUCUACAAUUCAAGAGACCAAAAAUAUAGACAAAAAAACUAACCCAACAUCAUCUAGAGACAGUUUAGCACACAGAAAACCUUUGAUCACUGUCAGUUCACAUGAGACAGGGUCCACCCAAACAGAUACUAGUUCCACUGGGGCAGAGCGGAACAGAAACAAUGGUUUGCGUUCUGGUUCAAGAUAUGUUUACGGUCGACGAAAGCCUGGAUCUCUGUUUCGAGGGAAUUUUACUCAAUUGGUUAAUGGGCAUAAACCAUCUGUAACCACUCAGUUUAAUUUAUCAAGCCAUAAUCAGAAUCAAGCUGUAUCAAACACAGACAGUUUGGAAAAGAAAGAGUCUGUAUCAACAGGAAUAAGUCAGAACCAUGAAACAACAAAUCCUUCCAACCCAAAAUCAUCAAAAUCAACGUUAGGAAGCACAUCGGACAGUCAGAUAACAUCAGAUUCAUCAAUGUUUGAUAAAUCACGGUUUUCAACAGAGUCAAGGUCUCGUGGUUCUAACAUUUUACAAGGCAAACAUGCAGCAUCAGUGAGUAAACUCCACAAUUUGAAUUCAGAUACAUCAGUUUCUUCUCAUUCCGUUUCACCAAGAUUACCUCACAGUUCUACAACUUCAGAAAACAACCACAAUUCAAAGGGUUCAGACACUUCAUCAAAUCCGGACACUGCUCUCAGCAAGCAAACCGAUACCCUUGAAAACAAUAAUAAAGAAAACUUAGAAGGCAAAACUGAAGAGUCAAAUUUAAACUCAAGAGCUCAAUACACACAGGAAAUUAGAAAAGAAGAAAGACCAGAUGAGAGUACUAGUAAAAAACCUGUAGUCUCUCAUACAAGAAUUAGCUCUUCAUUUGCUGAACGAUUUCCUUGGCUUGCAAGUCGAUAUCCAGGCAAGUUCACCUCAAGUUCGAGAUCCUCUUCUCCCAGAAAGGAUGUCAAGACUCCUUUGACCAGGGUGUCAUCAUCUAUUGGUGCAGACAGACCGCUUUUAAAAGAGACGCCAACUAGGGUUUCUGAGGCUCCUUCAGGAGCUUCUUUAAAGCAAGAGACCAUAAAAAUUCGCAAGACCACAUCCGGACCCGAUUUGCUAAAGAAUAGUGCUGUACUGAGCUCUGAGAAGCCUUCUUUACCCAAUCAACCUGAUGUAUCUAUUGAUACUAGAAAUCCAGCUCUAGUAUCUUCCUCUGAAAGGUUAACUUCUUCAUAUUCUCUGUCCCUCUCUCCUGAGAAAUCAAUUGAACUCAUGGAUUCCAUUGACGCCAAUCAUAAAGAAAAAUCAAAGAGUGAGGAUAAUAGGAGGUACAAUGUUGAUGCAGUGAGUACAGAGAGCAAUGAGGAACUUACAGGUCCAACAGCUGCCCAGACAAAUCCUAAAUCUCCAUCUGUACACAGAAUUGCAGAAAACCCUGAGAGCGGGGCUACAAGAGAAACUUUGUCCAGGACAAGAUCUGGUGCAACUUUUGGAGUAAGUCCAAGUAUUCGCCGUUCUGGCUUAGGAAUGAAUGAAAGAGUGCGGUCUUCUCUUUUAGCUAACAGACAACUUGGUGGAUCAAGGCUUUCUGUCAGACCACAGCAAGUGCAGAGCUCUCGGCUUGGGGGGUCAACAUCUGGCUCAUCUUCAGCGUCUUCCUUAAACAUGCGUCAGCCAACGCUUAUCUCUGCCAGUGAUGGAGAUGGUGGGGCCUCAUCCAGAGACAGCUUUAGGAAUCAAGAGGGUAGGCCUCGCUAUCCAAUAUUAAGAGGAAAACCAAACAAUCGUGGAAAAUUCAAGCCUGGCAAUGGAGAUGGUAAAAAUGGAAAGCCUAAUCUGACAGCGACAGAUGAAAAAGACACAAUAUCUUCUCAGGGAGGCAAUAAGCCUGUUGGACAAAAGUUCAUUACUGGGCCUGAUGGAACCAGAUGGGUGGUUGAUUUGGACAAAGGUGUUCUCAUGAACCAAGAUGGACAAAUUCUCCAGGACUCACAAGGCAAACCCAAGCGAGUUGUCCUUGGGGAAGAUGGACGUACAAUUUUUGACCAUAUGGGUAGCCCUCUCGUUAGCCAAGAAGGUAUUGCUUUGUUUGGUCAUGGCAGAGAUAGCCAGCCUGUGGUCAACCCUAAAGAAAAGGUCCUCAUGGUUGGAGGAAAACCUGUUCUUGGCUUGGAUGUGCCUCUCCCAAGAACUUCCACCACCACUACUUCUGCUCCUACCACCACCUUAGAACCAACAACGACAGAUUGGAGCACAGAGGAUUUUAGCACUGCACAGCCUUACCCUACCUGUCCACCAGGAACCUUUUCCAAAACAGAUGAAUUUGGAUACCCAGUUCUUGAUCCAGAGGGAAUUUUAGACUGUUAUCCAGAAGAGGAAUCCUCAGGGAUGGAAAUGGACCAUAUGCUUACAGUGCCCAUGAUGCCUGAUGCUUUAGGUCUUGAGAAAGAUGAAUUGUUGAUGCAGACCACCUUACCACCAACUACCACUACGAUUGCCUCAACAACUACCACUACAGCAGUGAUCCCAACCACAGGGUCACAGGCCACGCCGUCCAACAGAGGUCCUUUGUCGGAGUUUGAUCUCAGUGGGAAGAAGCGCUUCACAGCUCCUUAUGUGAACUACAUCCAGAAGGAUCCAAAUGCACCAUGCUCUUUAACAGAGGCUCUGGAGUACCUUCAAGUAGAUGUCCUUGAAAGCUUGAUGGAGAAGGACAGUAAAGCUGUCAAUCAGAAUCAGCCUCCAAAACACAAACCUCAAAAUCUGACUGUUGUUGCCAUGGAAGGCUGUCACUCUUUUAUUAUUUUGGACUGGGCCAAACCUAUAAAAGAUGACAUGGUGUCAGGCUACUUGGUACACAGUGCUACUUAUGACGACGUGCUCAACAAUAGGUGGUCUUCUGGAGUCUCCACUGGGACCCACCUGCCUGUGGAAAAUCUUAAGCCCAACUCCAGGUACUACUUCAGAGUGCAGGCUAAGAAUGUCUACGGUUUGGGACCAUUAAGUGAAACACUUACCUAUGUCACCGAGUCAGAUGAUCCUCUUCUCAUCGCCAGGCUACCUGGAGGAGAACCCAUCUGGAUUCCUUUUACCUUCAAGUAUAACCCAGCCCACACUAGCUGUAAGGGCAAACAAUAUGUCAAGCGGACAUGGUACAAAAAGUUUGUGGGUGUCGUCCUGUGCAAUUCUCUACGCUAUAAGAUCUUUAUGGCUGACGAUCUCAGAGUGCCUUUUUACAGUAUAGGAGAUACUAUGGGCCAAGGUGAGGACCACUGCCAGUUUGUGGACUCCCACAGAGAUGGAAGAACGGGGCCAGCCUACCUCUCAGAAAAUCUGCCCUCAGCGCAAGGAUUUUACCGUGCCUACAGACAGGAGCCGGUUUCCUUUGGAGUCAUUGGCCGCCGUACAUCCCAUCCAUUUGUGGGGUGGUAUGAAUGCGGGGUUUCCAUUCCUGGGAAAUGGUAACUCUGAAGAGGAGACAUUUUAUAUGAACAGCAGCAGCUCUGCACCCUGCAGCAUGCUCUCAGCUGCCUUUCUUGUCCAUUGAAGACAGACAUUCACCUACAAGCACAAAGACACCACUAUAUAUUUUAUAUUGCUCCAGAGGAAAAUAAAACUCAAAAUAGUAGCUUAAAUCAGCUAAAUAUGUAUCAUUACAAUGCACUUUUUAUGUAAAGCAGUCUGUAUAUGAGGGGAAAUAAGCUUGCUCUUGCUUAGCAUAACUAUUAUUACAAAGUGCUCUUCUAUAAUUAACAGAGAGGUCCUUACCCAGUGUUAUUUAUCUCCUUAAUAACAAACCCACACGAGGUGAAUCCAGUGACACUGGACCAGAAACUACAAGAUAAACUGUAAAAAAGAGCACUAGAGAUGUGUAUAGGUCUGUUCAUUUUCAUCCAUGGUAUUUGUAUUGCAUAUUUUAUGACCUAUUUUGUCUAUUCAUGUUUUACACCCAUCAUACUGUUUUUAAUAAACUCUGUAUCCUCUUUGAAAUUUUUUAUUUUACAUUGUAAGUUUUAUAUGUAUACAAACAAAGAAUAAAAGGCUAAAUAUGUGCUCAGGAAAUUUGAGAGAUUGAAUAAAGACCUUAUUACAACUAAAA